AUGUCCAGGAUCAAGUUACUUGGUAUUAAAGGCAGUCUCAAGCUUUUGGACGUUGACUCUACACUGGCACAUAGAGAUCCUGGAAUCAGCUGUGUUAUGGACACGGCAGGGACUGAGGAGCAGCCCUUCCCCGAGCUGGAGAAAGACUGCCUGCUGCAGAGACUGGCAGAGGAGAAGAGCGGGCAGAAAAGUCAGAGCAGUGCGGAAGAGAGGCCCCCCAGGCCCCUCACACACAGAGCGUGGGAAGAGCCCUGCAAGCUUCAGCCGUGCACAGAGCAGGGCCCAGCUGAGCCCCGCAGAUCCCAUCCCCAGAGGACAACGCCCGCAGGCCCGGACCCCUUAGAGCGCUGCCGCGUUCCCAGCCCCUCGCUCGACCGGCUGGAAGAGCUGGGGCUGUGGGCAGGGCCGGCAGUAAUGGCGCUCCUUGGAGAGCUAGGGAGUGAGGAGAGGCACUGGUCCGAUGAUUGCCAAGACUGGAGUGCCGGGGAAGAGAGCCUGUCACAGUCUGCUUCUAAUGACCCAAAUAAACUGGAGUCUUACCGCGACCCAGGACAACUCCUAAAACUGUUUCUCCAAGACACAGAUCAAUCGGUGUCCCAUGGGGAAGACAGGAAGACUCAAGAGUGGUGGCUGAAGAAGAGAAAUGACAUCUGCACCCACACCAUCUGGGUCAACCCCCUCUACCCUGCCCUCGUGGUGGAGCCCGGCUCGCUGGAGGCAGAAGAGGCAGACUCUGACCUGCCCAGCACAUCUCCUGCCCCAGCAGCUCCCACGGACACCCAGCCAGCAGCUGCUGCCCUGGCCAGAGCUCCAGAGGAUGAGGAGCAGCAGAACCUUAGAAGACCUGAGUUUAAAAGAACCUGGACACCAUCUGGACCCUCCCACUGAUUCGACAACCUUUCUGGAUAACCUGCUUCUAUAUUCAAACAAUCUCACAAAGUAAAAGAAAAAAAAAACAACCCAACCUGAAAUUUACCUUAUGUUUAAGUGGAAUUUUCUGUAUUUCAGUUUGUGCUGAUUUGCCUCUUUUUGUGACACUAGGAACCAUUGAGAAUAAAGAGUUUGGCUACUUUGA